UCUCUCUCUCUCAAAACCCAAACCUAAACCCUCUUUUUAUUUCUUUUUUCUCUCUCUCUCUACUUGUGUGGCGGCUGAAACUCUCUCGAACCCAUCUCCUCUUCUAGGGUUUCUAUCUCCUUCCUUAAACCCUCUUCAUCUUCAGGGUUUUACAGCUUCUCCUGUUGAAGAUCUAGCUCGGAAUGGCUGCUGGUGCUCCUCCUGCUGAUCAAGCUGCAGAUUUGCUGCAGAAUUUGUCAUUGGAUUCUCGGAGUAAGACCCUUGAAAUUGCAGACGCAAAAAAGAAACCUUCUGGGAACCCUACACAUGGGGCAAACGGUCAGGUUCAGUCGACAGAUCGGUCUGUGACACCUGUGUUGCCGGAAUUCAUGGAUCCAAAUUUGUGCUAUGUUCCUAACAGUUAUACCUCAACAGCAUACUAUUAUGGAUAUGAUGCUUCUGCUAAUGAGUGGGAGGACUAUGCACGAUAUGCGAAUCCGGAAGGAGUUGAGAUGCCUGGAGUUUAUGGAGACAACAGCUCACUUAUCUAUCAUCAUGCCUAUGGAUAUGCACCCUAUAGUCCAUAUUCACCUGCUACUUCGCCUGUCCCUACUGUGGGGCAUGAUGGACAACUUUAUGGAUCGCAACAAUAUCACUAUCCGUAUUUCCAGCCACUCCCCCUGACCAGUACUUCAAACACUACUUCAGCUGCCCUGCCAAAAGGUGAGAUUGCCACCUCUGCAGCAGCUGCUGACCAAGCAUCAUUAUCUGUGGAUUCUGCUAAAGGUAACUCUAAUGUCGUUGCAAAUGGUGGUGUAAAGGGAAAUACUGGGCAUAUGCCUGUGAGGCCUGCAUUCCAGAAUUCAUCCUUAAAUGCUAAUGGUUCUUAUGGACCUGGCACAUUGCCUGGAGGAGCUGCUUCAGGUUAUCAGGACCCUAGACUGGGUUUUGAUGGUGUGCAUUCUCCCAUUCCAUGGAUUGAUGGGUCAAUGUUCACUGAUGGGCAAGCUAGGCCAGUGGCGAACAAUUCUUUUACGCCAUCAUUUUCUAAUGGCUACGCUGCUCCAUCAACAAAGAAUCAGAAUGUUCAUCCACAUGUAAUGGGCAUGCACCACCCAAGGCCUUCAUCUGGCGUGAACACAACUAAUGGGUAUAUGAAUAGGAUGUAUCCCAACAAAUAUUAUGGGCAGUUUGGGAACACAUUCAAUUCUGGCAUGGGGUUUGGGCCUAACCGGUAUGAUACUCGCGCUACAGGUCGUGGGUGGAUGACAGUUGAUAACAGGUCUAAACCCAGGGGUAGAGGAAAUAGUUUCUAUGGCUAUGGCAAUGAAAACAUGGAUGGUUUAAAUGAGCUCAACAGGGGACCGAGAGGUAAAGGAUCCAAGAAUCAGAAGAGUUUUACACCAGUUGCUCUGGCAGUCAAGGGGCAGAACAUCCCCCUUGCUGUAACCAAAGAUGCUGAGGAAGUUAAAUCAAGCCUGAUUCCUGACAGAGAACAAUACAACCAUCCAGAUUUUUCAGUGACAUAUGCUGAUGCCAAGUUCUUUAUCAUUAAGUCUUACAGUGAAGAUGAUGUGCACAAAAGCAUCAAAUAUAAUGUGUGGGCUAGCACACCAAAUGGCAACAAGAAGCUUGAUGCUGCUUACCAAGAGGCUCAACAAAAUUCUGGAGGCUGCCCAGUUUUUCUUUUCUUCUCAGUAAAUACAAGUGGACAGUUUGUUGGUGUUGCAGAGAUGGUAGGGCCAGUUGAUUUCAACAAGAAUGUGGAGUAUUGGCAGCAAGACAAGUGGGUCGGCUGUUUUCCUGUCAAGUGGCACAUUGUGAAGGAUGUACCAAAUAGCUUGUUGAAACACAUCACACUGGAAAACAACGAGAACAAGCCUGUUACGAACAGCAGAGAUACUCAGGAGGUUAAAGUGGAGCAGGGUCUGCAAGUGCUCAAGAUAUUUAAGGAUCAUAUUAGCAAACAGUGCAUCCUUGAUGAUUUUGAGUUCUAUGAGGAUCGUCAGAAGAGAAUUCAGGAUAAGAAGGCCAAGCAACAGCUAUUCCAGAAGCAGUCUCAGGUAUGGGAAGGUAAAGCUACUGAAGAAAAGAACAGAGAUAAUUCAAAGGUUGACCUCAAGUCACAGAAACCUUCAGAAGUUUCUGCUUGUUUGAACAAAGAAAAUUUACCGGCUGCUGCCCAGACUACCACUGUGGAAGUCAAGCUUACCGAAACUGUACCAGUUACAAAAUCAGGAGAUGAUGUGAAGGAUGCUAAACCAGUCACUGUAUCAGAAAAGAAACCUGUAGCAAAUGGGGCUUCUAAUGGGUGCUAACUUCAGCUAAUGAAAGGGUGGUCUGUGGUUAAGAGGUCCUAGAUUGGAGCUUUAUGACUACAUGAUAUGCACAUGAGUGGUGCUUGGUUAGAUCUCAUAACCAUGGCUUCCCUUGUUAUAUCCGAGCAGCAUUUGGAGUUGGUUGUUGCUGGAAAUAAGUUCUCAGAGAAAAUUCAAUAUUUGGCAGGAAGUCUAGAGUCAUCUGUUUCUAGAAGAGUUGGGAAAGUAUGGAAGCCCCAUUUUCCCUCGUGGGACAGUUUCUUGGUGUUUUAGCUUUGAUUAGUUUCAGACCUUGGUUUGGGUUUAUGAAUUUUUUUUGUUUCUUUCGUCUUGUGGCUUAUUUUAGGCAAUUACCUUUUUCCUUGUCAAGUUACAUGGGUUUUAGAUGAGGGUUUUUGUUAUAUUAGUCUAUCUUAUCAAUCUGUUGUGGCA